AAAUUGCAAUUUUGACUGGUGCGGUACAAAAAAAAUGAGCUUAAACGAAAACGACAUCCAGGAGGAGCUGAGAACUGCGCUAAGCAAUCGAGACAUUGAUCAGUUUAAAAGUGCUCUGGAUCGCGGUGCCAAUCCUAAUCUGUUGUAUGACAACCAAAAUAGUUUUUACGAGAAGGCACUAUAUACUCCAGGAAGUCGGCAAUUCAUAGAGGCCUGUAUCAAUCAUGAUUGUUCAGUCAAUUAUGUUAAUGAGAAGUGGAAUAAGGCGGCAGUUCAUUAUGCCACCGAAUCAAUGGAUCCCGAGAACCUAAAGGAGCUCCUAAAAGACCGCCCGGAUGAAACAGUCUAUGUGGACCAAAAAUACUACCAAAUUACGCCACUAAACUGGCUGGCCAAGAAUCUCACGGAGGAGAACGCUUCGGCAGUGGUACAGUGCAUGCUGAUGCUUUUAAAAAAAGGCGCUUCUUUCAAUACCACUGAAUACAAAACGCUAGACAUUGACAGCGAUUGCGGUAGAGAGGUGCCCGAACUCCUACAGGGAAAGUUUCCAGAGUUCCACCUGCCUAAAGAGCACCAGGAGACGGAAGCCAAAAUAGAUCAACCAAGUCGUAGUUUCAGAGACGAAGACGAGAAUCUGAAAGCCCUAAAGCAUGGAGCCUACAUUGGAUCUACCAGCAAAAACGGAAAUUUUCUAAUUAAACAAAUUCCGAUCGUCGAGCUCAAGAAACACUUUGACUCCUGCAUCACCACAGUCGGAUCGGAUCCCGAAGCAUCAAAUUAUAUGAUCAAAAUCGAUUUUAAAACCCUGAAACCGCCCGAAGAUAAACCCUUCGAGAUGGCCCCGAUCGCUAUUUUGGCCGAGUCAAAGGAAUUGGUUUAUUUACUUCAGCAUCCUCUUAUUUCCGGCUUUCUCUUCCUUAAGUGGCGCCGUGUUUCGUUUUUCUUCUAUGUGAACUUCAUUUUUUUCGGGCUGUUAGGAUUAAUUAAUAUCCUCCAUAUAGUCCUUAAAUUUCACGAAAUCCGAAGCAUUGCACUUAUUAUUAUACUGUUGGUUUGCACUAGCUGUCUAUUCUUUCGGAUGAUAAUCAAUUUGUACAUAUUAGGAUAUAGGUACUUUUGCUCCGCAGUAAGUAUCAUGGAGUGCGCUGUAAUGGUGCUCUCGUUUACGAUCUGCAUUAGCUUCGAAGAUAAGCAGACAGAACGCGUCCUGGCUUCCCUUUCCAUCCUGGCAGUCUCAGCAAACUUCUGUAUAAUGAUCGGCUUCGUGCCAGCGUUGGGCAUUUCGACGUACAUGCUAAUGUUGCGUGAAGUUUCGUUCAGCUUUUUAAAGAGCAUAUCGGCCUACUCGAUUUUUCUAUUGGCUUUCAGUGGUUGCUUCUAUAUCCUUUUCAAUGAGCCGUUAAAGAAGCCGGAUGUAGGUGGUACCACGGAACAGAAAAAUCAGACAUUCGACUUCACCAACUUUUACAUUGCUUUUAUAAAAACUACUGUGAUGAUGACAGGGGAGUUUAAUGCUGGAGAACUUGAGUUUACUGGCAUCUUCACCUACCUGUUCUUUCUGCUCUUCAUUAUGUCCAUGAAUAUUAUGCUCCUUAAUCUGUUGAACGGUCUGGCCGUUAGUGAUACCCAGGAAAUAAAGAACCGUGCGGAGCUCAACGGAGCCAUCUGCAUGUUCAAUUUGCUAAGUCGGUGCGAAAUGAUACUUACUAGUCCUGGACGUUUUAAUACUCACUUGCGGUCUAUAAACAUCUUUCCCAAUUAUCUGAAAAGCUCAUAUAUUUACGUCCUGCCGAACCAAGGUAAUAAGGUGAUCAUACCCAUUAAUACAAGCGAGUACAAAAAUCAUAACACUUUGAGCAGAAAAAGGUCAAUUUUUCGUGAAAUGGAUAGACGGACGGUGAAGACGGCUCUGGAAGUGAUCAGAGAAAAUAAAAGAUUGCAGCUAAAGCGUAGGCAGGAAGAGUUAAAUAUGAAGAAUGAGUGCAAUCAGGAAAAAAAGAACGAAAGGAGGAUGGACCUCAUUGAGAAAAAGCUGGAAAAUUUGGAACAGAUUAACGACGAUGUUAGAAAUCUCAUCGUCAUCGGCAUAAAGAGCAUAUUUUUGAAGAAGUUGGAGACAAUUGUAUAAGCUCUUUGUGCGGUAUUUUAUUGUACAUAGUCAAACAUAAUUUAGGAUAAUAUAGUAAGUUUUUACAUAGGAAUGUAAUGCAGCAGUGCUGCCAAUGUGUGCACAACCAGCAAAGCCAUGGCUGCUAUAGAUGGCAAUUUUUAAGGACUUUCCUCUAGAUUUAUUUACUUUUUAGGAAUUUAGAUUCCUAAAUAUAUAAAUUAGAUAAAAAAAAUAUGGAAACGUUAGCUUAUCCAACAACCAUAGUUUCUGGUAAAUUAUUGAUUUCCGAUCAGUUACUUGUCAAAUUUUAAAUGAUUGUU